UGCAACCCGGAAAGCAGCUUUCGGCGUUACAGUCCUUUUAAGGGUCACUAAGACGACUGACAUUACCAUCUGAUUUGCAUUUCCACUGCGUUGUUCGACAUAAAUUAGCCAAAUGGUUCGUCGCCGGAAACCCCACCGUUAGCCUUUCCUUGCCAUUUACUAGAGUCAUGGUGACUGCUUAGAAGAAGGUGUUCACUUGCUAUAGGACAGCGCAGAACUUAGUGGUAUUCAUUUGGUGGCUGCGACAAGGGGCUAGCAGCUACUUGCCUUUACUUGGCUAAAAGCUGAUCAAGUAGCUAUGGCGGCAGCAGCAGCUCUGGACCCGGCGGCUGCUGGGUUCAACAACCCAGCCAAUGUUCAAGGCUAUAACCAGAGUGCGGAGUUCUUCCUGAGCAAUUACCGGCUUGGCAAGACGCUUGGCAUCGGUUCCUUUGGAAAGGUCAAGGUGGCUGAGCAUGUGCUUACUGGGCAUAAGGUCGCCAUUAAGAUUUUAAACCGGAGAAAGAUCCAGCAAAUGGAGAUGGAUGAGAAGGUUCGUCGUGAGAUUAAGAUCCUGCGGCUGUUCAUGCACCCGCACAUCAUCCGCCUGUACGAGGUGAUUGAGACGCCAACCGACAUCUACGUCGUCAUGGAGUAUGUCAAGACCGGCGAGCUGUUCGACUAUAUCGUUGAGAAGGGUCGGCUGCAGGAGGACGAGGCGCGGCACUUCUUCCAGCAGAUCAUUUCGGGAGUCGAGUACUGCCACCGCAACAUGGUGGUCCACCGCGACCUGAAGCCGGAGAACCUGCUGCUGGACGCCAAGAUGAACGUCAAGAUAGCGGACUUUGGUCUGUCCAACAUCAUGCGGGAUGGUCACUUCCUUAAAACCAGCUGCGGCAGCCCCAACUACGCAGCACCCGAGGUGAUCAGCGGCAAGCUGUACGCGGGUCCCGAGGUGGACGUGUGGAGCUGCGGAGUGAUCCUGUACGCGCUGCUGUGCGGCUCGCUGCCCUUUGACGACGAGAACAUCCCCAACCUGUUCAAGAAGAUCAAGGGGGGCAUCUACAACCUGCCCUCGCACCUGUCGCCGGGUGCUCGCGACCUGAUCCCCCGCAUGCUGCUGGUGGACCCGCUGAAGCGCAUCACCAUCCCCGAGAUCCGGCAGCACCCCUGGUUCAACAUGCACCUGCCGCGGUACCUGGCGGUCAUGCAGGCUGAGCCGGUUGUGGGCGUUCCUCGCAUCGACGAGGAGAUGGUGGAGGAGGUGGUGCGGCUGGGCUUUGCGCGGGAGUCGCUGCUGGAGUCGCUGCGGAGCCGGCAGGCCAACAAGGCGACCGUCACGUACUACCUCAUGAGCGAUAACAGGCGCAAGAUGCCCAGCAGCGGCUACCUGUCAGCCGACAUGGCGGAGGGGGCCACCGGGGCGGCCAUGGUGGCAGCCGGCAUGCACCUGCCGCAGGCACACACCUUUGGCGGCGGCGUGGGCGUCGGCGGCGGCAGCAGUGCCGUACACGGAGGCGGCGGCGGCCUCUCCUCCGCCGCCUCCGCCACCUCGGCGGCUGGCGGCGGCGGCACCCCGCAGCAGCGGCUGGUGGCUGAGCGGCGCUGGCGGCUGGGGGUGCAUGCGCGGGGCCACCCCUCGGCACUCAUGGCGGAGCUGUACAGGGUGUUGCAGCUCAACCAAGUCGCAUGGAAGAAGGUAGGGCCGUACGCCAUCAAAUGCCGCGCCGCUGUACGGAAGCCCAGCCAAACGGGACUGCGGACCCAUGGGUCGGUCGGCGGCUCGGCGGCCGUCGCCACUCGCAUGAGUGAGGACCUAGACGACCACAUUGACCUCGACGGCGCCGGGUCGCCGCCGCGAACGACACCGACGGGGUCGUCGGUUGCGGCGGCGACCCCUGGGUCUGUAGGGACGGCGGCAGGAGCAGUGGGAAGUGGGAGAUCGGUGAGCGUAGGUGGCAGCCGAAGGGGGCUGAGUGGGACGGGCGGGGGAGCGGGGUUGGACGGUACCUCCAGCCAGGGUGGCGGCCGGCAGGACGGUGACGACUUCCUGGUGUUGCGGUUCGAGUGCCAGAUGUACAAGGUCCGGGAUGACGAGUACGUGAUUGACAUCCAGCGGGUGAAUGGCGAGCUCUUCCUCUUCAUGGACGUGUGCGGCCGGGUGCUCUCCGACCUGCGCAUCUAGACCACACCAGAACACCAGAUGCGCACCUUCGUACACCUCUGUCGUACACAAGGGCUGUGUGGGCCGCAUGCAUGCGGGCAUGUGUCCUGCAUGUAUGGGUGCGGCCGGGCGCUUUCAGACCUGCAGUUAGUUGCAAGCAGCGGUGGUGAGCUGAUGACUGGCAAGAGCAGAAGCAGCAGCCAUAGGCCGGAGCUGGGCGGGCAUGUUGACAGCGGCGGCGGUGGUACGGUAGCACUGCUGUUUGCGGAGGGCAGAGCAUAGCAGCAACUGCAGUGGCUGUGAAGAGCUAGGGAUGGUGGUUAUGAUGUUGGCAUGGGUGGUGGUAAAUAGGAUGUUGUGGAUAUUCCGCAUCACACAUGGGUGGUUGGUGGAGAAGGAAAGCGGUAUUGAGUUGAUUGCGUUGAUGUUAUGUGUAGGCCGUCGCUGCUGCUGAUGUGUUGCGGGAUGUAUGCCUUUUCAGUACAUGGUUCCAAUGGUUCCAUUACGCAACGCCUAUCCAUCUAGGGUAUUCAAACCGCAUCGGUGCCUGGUUCACGGCUUGCCGGUAGAGGGGCGAGGUGUCUUGGUCUCUGGGGCCACAGCGGAUGUCGCAUGCAGCCUUGGGUGCAAGCAGCAGCAGUCGGAGGCCGACCGAGCGAGGGGGGCUGAUUUCUUAUUCAAGUAGUUCCCUCCUUGACACGUCGACUGAGCCUCACUGGUUGUUCCAUUGGAUGUUUUGAUGGGAUAAAAGCUGACAAUCGUGAACGGCUUUCGGGCAUGGCGACAUGGGUCCCGAUGCACUUUAGUCGGCUUUACACCAUAAUUGCGACCCGUGGGUCAUGUCCUUCUUGCCAAGUCCCGAACUGCCGUGGCCCCCCAUGCUAAAGCCAUGCUCGCCUGUACCUUUAGGCUGAGACUAAGCUAUUUAAGGCUUGUGCGGUGUGCUGCGGUGCUGAGAAAGUCUUGCACGGCAGGAAUCUGGCUGGAACCACCUUGUCUCCAUCUACCUUGUCUCAAUUCUCUCCCUG